GUGGACGCAAGCUAAAAGACUCUUAUCUCUUCGAGUUUCUUUCCGAGCUUCAUCAGUUGUAAAGGAAAGCAUGGAAGACAUCAAUGGCGUUCCAGUUCUUGCUUCACAGGUGGAAUCUGUGAACCGUAUGUUGGAAAAACACCCUGAGAUUGCAACAUCGCCCGGUCCAAAGAUUCAGCAGCACGCUAGUAUCCUCAUGUGCUUGAUCGAUAUGCUGACCCAGUCGAUUCAGGGGGUCUCCAAGGAUGAUCUGGCAGACGCUGAUGCUUCUCUUGCGUACCUGCUUAACGUCGGGUAUAAAUUGCAGUGGUUGGAAAAGAAUCUCAAAACAUUGUCAGACAAGAAGGAGAAGGAGGAAGCUGGUGUGGAUCGGCUACAAGGGAUAGAGGAAGAGUUGAAGUGUUUGAAGCAGAAGCGCUCAAACCUGGAAGCUCAGCUAGAGAAGGAGAAUCGGAUGCAAGAGGUCGAGGAAGAGUUGAAUGAUUUGAAGCAGAAGUGCUUAAAUGUGGAAGCUGAGCUAGAGAAGGUGAAAGCAGAUGUGGCUAUGGCCAGAGCUCCACUAACAUAUGAUGAUAUUCAGUAUAAUUGAGUUCUCAACUCAUUUGAAUUUUAAUAAUGUUUGGUCUUUUCGUCAUGUAUUGGUUUCGAAUUUGAGUCAGUUCUUUAAAUAAAAAUUAAAUAAUAAAUGACCUAACUUGGGUUGGAAGUUUUUUUUUGCAUCUUAUACUAA